GCAUUGAGAAAACAGUUCUCAGGUAGCAUUUCAUAGGAAAAGUUACUGUUAGAAAAUAAAAGAAAAGUUUCCUCUCACAAUGCGUUUCUUGUUGGUUUUGGCUUUUGCCAGCGUUGCCUUUGCCGGCACCGUAUUGCCCCACACCGGGCUCCGUCCCAUGAGCCAGAAAAUCGAUGAAUAUGUUGCCGACUUGGUUGAAAAUGAUGGUGAAAUUGAAAUUGUGGUCGACAAUGAAGAUGGUACCAUGGGUGUUGCUCCCCAAUUCAUUUUGUCCUGGCAAGUACGUCGCAUGAUCCGCAAGCUCCAAAAGCAAAUGCCCUGCGGCUGGCCUCAAUAUGGCAUCCCCCCACUGGCUCCCUUGAAGGUUCGCGAAGCUGAAAUCUCCUUGAAAAAGGGUAUCUUGGAAACCAUCGACAAGGUCUUCAAAUUCCGCGUUGACGGUUUGGAUGAUUUCAAAAUCCAAAAAUUCAAGCUGAACAUGCUCACCUCUAAGAUCACCUUCGAUUUCCUCUUCAAGAACAUUGUUGCCUCCGCUUCCCAAUACGAUACCAACACCAUUUUGGAUGCCAUGCGUCAAUUGGGCUUGUCCGUCCAGUACGAAGGUGAGGGUACCUUGAACUUUGGCUUGAAGAAUUUGCGCAUUGCCGGUACCAUCAAAUACAAAAUUCCCAUCUUGUGGGGUUCCAUCAAAAUCACCUCGAUGAAGACUCAAGUCUCCUUGGGCUCUUGCACCUCGGAAAUCACCGGUUUCAUGGGCAAUGGUGCCAUCAACCGCAUGAUCAAUCGCCAAAUUGAGAACUUUGUCGAAAUGGGAAUUAACAAUAACCAAAAUGAAAUCUCCGAUUUGAUUGAAGACAACUUGGUGCCCAAGGUCAACAAAAUGUUGAAGGGUAACGAUUUCUGGACUCUCAUCGAUAUGAUCUUCUCCAGCUCGGAAGGUGAAAGUGAAGAUGAUCCCAUUGUUGUCAACUGUGUUGCUCCUGCCGAUCCCUGGGCUUAAGUUUGGAAAAUAAUUGUUUUAGUGAAUUGUGGUCGUCUUUUUCCUGAUUGUUUUGGAAAAGGAAUGACAAUGAAAUGAAAUAUAGAGUCCAGUAUUAAUGAAAACUAAAAA